GAACGAGCAACGCAAACUCGUGCACGCGGAGCGUCUGCGCAGGGCACACCAAAAUGGGGCCAAGCGAUCGGCGAACGGGAAACGCGGCGUGCGUGCAAAAGUGAAGCGAUCGCGCAGCUGGGGAGAGGCGAGACGGGCCAGCUGCGGCUGCGACUAGCCGAGACCGACAGCUGGUCACCCGCGUAACGCAACUCUGUUCAGGGGCAACCGGUGUACCCCCGAAGUAGGGUCCCCCAAAAAAUAAAAUAAAACACACUCGUACAUGCGUACGUACAAGCAGACAUACGUGCGUAUCCACCGCUUAGCAUAGCAGCUUCUCCUGGGGGGGGAUCGAAAGACGAGCUUAACACCUAGCGGGAGAGCGGCGGGGAUAGCGGCGGUGUGAUCAGGAGACACCCCUCCACGUUCUCUCCGCUCACCACCGCACCACCCGUUGCGCCGCUCCACAAACCCACUGCGUAUGAUGAACCGCCCAAAUGGGACCCGGGAGAGAGGGAAAAACACAAAAUCAGUCGCGCUGAAGGAGCCGGACCCUCCCCAACAGAAGGAACCUCUCAGCCAGGGAGACAGAGACAAAGAGGGGGGGGCCUCCCCGGCAGGCAGACCAGACAAGCAAGGCAAAUCCGUUCAGUAUGAUCCAGGCACACCACCCAGGAGCUCCCCCCCCAACGGGGGAGUAGCCCCCCCGCGGCAGCGCACCUGGUCCUCAUCCCUAAACCUGGGGGAGACGAAGGAGGACCCCCCGAGCUGGCAAAAUUCGCAAGAAAAAAAAAAAAAAAAAAGAACAUCCCUACUGGAGAAGUUCAAACAGCAGGAAUUGAAUUCUAAGCAGCGCUCGUGGACUCCCAUCGGACUGAUCAUAGCCUACACAAGUGUCUCCGUCCUUUUCAUCCUGCUGGGGGUGCUGUUCAUUGCCUUGUCCGCCACGAGAAAGGAGUGCAGAGUGCCCUACGGGGGCGCGGACGGAGGUGCUGCCGUAGGUGCAGGGGAUAACCCCAUCCGAAUAGAAAUCAGCGAGGCCUUCUGCCGGGGGCCCGCGAGGCCGUUCCGCAGGCACGCCUACGUCUACUACGAGCUGCACAACUUUUACCAGAACCAUAAGAAGUACCUCAUUUCGAAAUCCCACAGCCAGUUGAUGGGCACCGUGUACACCCGGCCAGACGACCUCGCGCAGUGCUUCCCCAUCACGCAGAACAAAGAGGGGAAGGUGCUCCACCCCUGUGGACUCGUCGCACGCAGCGUCUUCAACGACACAUUUACCCUUUAUAAACACAAAACACACAGCGACCGUAUAGAAAUUGAUGAGUCAAAGGAAGCAAUCACCUGGCAUAGUGAUCUAAACAAAUUUAAAAACCCUUCAGAACAGCAAAUGAAAGACCAUAAGGAAGAUGUGGAUUUCUGGCUGAUGAAUCAAAACUAUGUUAGUCUCCUAAACAUGAAUCACAAAAACGGAUUCGGAGUGGAAAACUCUCAUUUCGUUGUGUGGAUGAAGACGGCUGCACUCUCCGAGUUUAGAAAGCGAUAUGCCAGAAUUAAUGAGGAAUUGGCCUUGCCCUUUUAUGUAGAGAUUAAAAACAAUUUUCCCGUAAAGAAAUUCCAUGGGAAGAAGUACCUCAUCAUAGCCGAGGGCUCCGUCUUCGUCAACGAGAAGUCUUGGUCCUUCGGCGUGCUCUACGUCACCAUCGGGGUCGUUUCCCUCUGCGUCGCCCUCUGCCUCGUCUACAACCAGUGGAAGCACCCGCGCCAAAUGGGGCACAUAUAG